AUGCCGAAGUGCAUUAAGAUGGAUCGUUUCCGAUAUAUAACCAGUGAAGCUUGGCGUGCUUUAAUAGCAAUCGAGAUGGGACUAAAAAAUCACGAAGUCGUGCCUCCAGAGUUAGCACUUAAAAUUUCUCACCUUAGACGAAGUUGUAUCGGCUUCAGCCAUCUAGUUCAAGAACAGUUAAUACUAAAUAGGUUGGUAGCCUACGAAACGGAUAACAGACAUUCGAUGAAAGGAUAUCGUCUUACCAACCUGGGCUACGACUACCUUGCUCUUAAUCAAUUUUUCAAAUCUGAACAAUUGGAAAGUCUAGGAACAAUGAUUGGAGCUGGAAAAGAGUCUGAUGUCUACAUUGCUGCUGCUGGUGCGCGAUGUGGGCGUCCGUCAGAUGGCUCAGAAGGCCCUUUGGUUGAUUUCCCAAACGAAGGAGAUUCAGUCGUUGUUAAAUUUCACAGACUUGGGAGAACGUCUUUCAGGAAAGUAAAAGAAAAACGAGAGUAUCAUCAACACAGAAGUAGUUGCUCUUGGUUGUAUUUGGAUCGUCUAGCAUCUAGACGCGAGUUCGUUAUGAUGCAGAGCCUUCGGAGUAAUGGUAUUCCUGUUCCUAUCCCUUACACCCACAACCGAAAUGCUGUCGUCAUGUCAUAUAUUGCUGAUAGCCUGCCACUUUACAGAAUACUUCCGAGUAUUUUGAAUUCUAAUGAGUCUGCUUUUGCACGGUUACUUUACUACCAAGCCAAAAACAUAUUGGAAAGAAUUGCUUCUCUUGGUCUUGUUCAUGGUGAUCUAAAUGAGUUUAAUCUGAUGGUUUCCGAUUUGGACCCUGAAGAAAAUACGGAGAUUAGUAAUCCCAAGCUGGUUCUUAUUGACUUUCCUCAAAUGAUCAGUCGUGACCACAAACUAGCUAACAACAUAUAUGAACGAGAUGCAGAAGGUGUUGUCAACUUUUUCAGCCGUUAUUUCGAUAUUCCACUCAACGAUCUACCAUCUUCCCUCGAUUCUAUAAAACGAGUUGAUUAUGUCGACGUGCAUUUAAAAGCUCCGGGUUACAUCUCCAAGAAUGCUACCAACCGCCAUUCUAAACAUACAAUAGAAGAUUCACUCUUAGGUUCAGUUGCUCGACUUCAAUUAUCAUCACUGGAAAAUAGCGAAGAUGAAGAAAAUACCUGUGACUCUGAUUCGGAUAGCAUCGGUUCUACUACUGAUUCUCAAGAAAAUGAUCAGUCGCAGAUUGAAGUUAAUGAUCAAUCUAAUUUAGAGGAAAUAAACUACAAUAAGAAUAAUAAAAAGGAUAUUAACAGUGUACAAGAGACAAAAAUUACAACGAAACCUGCCUUGAUUACUGUUGAGGAAAUUCGUGAGCGUAAUCGUCGUGAAAGAAGACAUCAAAAACAAGUUGACUUCAAUCGUCAAAUCAAACGUCAUAAUCGCGCUGGUAUAAAACGUCAGGGUCGUCUUAAUAUGAAAGCUGAAGCAUUACUUUUUGGAUAG